AUGCCGCAGAUGAGUUGGCAAGGAGGGGCUCGGCAACCCCAACCUCUGGCCCAACCCCACUCCUGCCCAUAUCGUUUAACCAAAUACGAUGCUGGGUCAGGCAACGGACCUGUGAAGCACACAACCGGAGGACAUCUAGCCCUGAACCGACAACUAUUCAUAAUCAAUGCGACGGACAGUCCCCUGUGCAGGGGAUGUCUGGAAGCUGAAGAAACGGCCGUCCACGUAGUCCUGGAAUGCGAGGGAGUGGCCACACAACGGGCAAGUAUCAUUCCUGAUACAAAGUCGCUCCUAGAAGCCUGUGAACGCCCCAGGAGGCUUCUGCGCUUCUGGAAGGAGCUUGGCUGGCUCACCUAG